AUGGCGCCCGAGGUCAUUCUCGGCACCGAGUAUACCGUGGCCGCCGACAUUUACUCGUUCGGUGUCAUCUUGUCCGAGAUGAGCACCCACAAGGUGCCCUACAGCGACGCGCUCAAUGCGUCGUCCGGCCGAGCACUGAGUCAGCAAGCCAUUUUGUCCAAAGUCACAUCCGGUGCACUGCGACCCACGUUUGCGGCGGCGGCACCUCAUUGGCUGCUGGAGGUCGGCUCUCGCUGUUUGUCGCUCGACCCGACACAACGACCGACGACGCUCGAGCUGACGGUGCUGUUUCGCUUUUACCACCGCCCUUUUCUCAUGAGCCGCGACGCCGCGUACUACAUUAAGCACAUCCCGAUGCUGCCGCACCCGGAAGAGAACGGGUACUACGCGGUCCAGCACCGCUCGACGAACCUCAUGGCGACGCCGGGCUGGGACGGCCCGCCGACCCGCGGCUGCCUCUCGACCAUCUUUUAUAUGGUCGCCCCCGUCAUGUUUAUCCACGUCAACCGGUCGGAGAUUGCCCAUUUUUGGCAAGCGGGCAGCGCGAUUCGGUACGUCAUGGUCAAUCCUGCGACGCUUGAGACGACGGAGCUCGUCCUUGGCCCGGACGUCCACCUCGGCCACGUGCUGCAGUUCACGUGCCCCGGCGGCUGGUGGAAGGGCGCCGAGGUCCUCGAUACGUCCAUCAACUUUGGCCUUGUCUCGGAGGCCGUGAGUCCCGCGUUCGACUACUCGGACACGUGGCUUGUCGAGGCAGCCGAUAUUCCCGAGUCGCACGCACCGCUGCGUCGGUUUUGCCGCCCCACCGGCUGGAGCUGCGCGACCGAGAAGGAGAUCCAGGCCAACUACGCCUUGACAAAACACACAGCGAGCCAAUAG